CAGAAACUCACUUACUUUACAAGUGAACCGUACCUCUGAACUAUUGGAGGACUACUCAGAAUAACCUUAAGUAUAUCUUUCAGCUAUGUGUCUACAAUAUCAUUUGAUAAUGAACUAAUGCUUGCUUACUCAAAUCUUCAUUGCUUCAAGCUACUAAUUAUAUGGAGGACAACUCCCAUCAUGCUUAUUCACAAUGAACUGUUUGUUGCUUUGCAAAUAUACUCAGUGCUACAAGCUACUAAUUAUAUGGAGGACAACUCCCAUCAUGCUUAUUAACUAUGAACUGUUCCUGCUUUACAAAUAUUCUCAGCUACUUGCUUAAUGUUUGUAUUGAAGAUCAUUCUCAUGAACUUAAAGAAUGUUACUUAAUGUAUCUCUGAAGAAAUACUUAAUAAUGAACUUUGUGUUGUUGAUUACUUGCACUUCUUAUUAUUGGAUUAUUGCCUAAAUGCAAUUCAUUUAAGUUUAACAAUUUAUUAAAACUUUGUUUGAAUCAAGUUACCAGCGAUUCCUCUUUUUUCUUAAAGCUACAGUAUUGAUACUUUAAAGUUUCUCCGUAUCUUCACUAAUGUAAUUAGUUUACUGAGAGGGUAGUGGAUGCAUGGAAUAGCCUUCCAGCUGAAGUGGUAGAGGUUAACACAGUAAAGAAGUUUAAGCAUACAUGGGAUAGGCAUAAGGCUAUCCUAACUAUAAGAUAAGGCCAGGGACUAAUGAAAGUAUUUAGAAAAUUGGGCAGACUAGAUAGGCCGAAUAGUUCUUAUCUGCCGUCCCAUUAUAUGAAGCAGAUCAUUAAUAACUGGGUAAAUAAACACUGCCUCGCCCUGGGAACUUUUGUUCCUGUAUUUGUGUUCUUGAUCCAGUGUUUUCCAAACAGCUCCUGACCUUGGUUUAUCUUAUCGUGCAUCCUCUGACUUUGGCUUACCCUCGUUUUAUCCAGACCUCCGGCAUCAUCUGACUUUGGCUUAUCCUCGACAAUCCUCCUGCUUGUGUCCUUGCUUAUACUGCGACUUGGAGCUAUAUCCUGCAUAGACUCAUAGCCCAUGUGGCUUCUUAUCUGGUCACCUUGGUCUGUGUUUAUUUGCAAGGGUGAUAACUCUGCACGUCUGACUACACAUCAGGUAAGAUCUGACAUGUUUCAUCAGUUAUGUUAUGCUUUUGUUGACUCAUUGAACCAGCUUAUUACAGCUCAUGUGACCUUAAUGAAGCAUCGACCCCUAAGCCGACAUAUAAAAAUGUGCACCGCUACUCAUGCCAGAUUGUACUUCUAUGUAAAGUGAAGCGCCGACAAUUGCUUUUGUGGCAGUGUUAGCCGUUAUGUCAUGUCUUUACUAUGCACGAAAAAAAAAAAAAAAAAAAAAAAAGCAGAAGAAAUUAUAAAUUAAACAGAAUGAGCAAUAAAAGAAGUUUAUAGAUUAUAAUUCUCAUUACAGGAAGUGUUUAGGAAGGCUGUGUAAGUCACAUGCUGGGAGGUGUGACUAGGGUUGCAUAAACAAAGUGAUUUAACUUCUAAAUGGCAGAGGAUUGAGCAGUGAGGCUGCAGGGGCAUGUUCUAUACACCAAAACUGCUUCAUUAAGCUCAAGUUGUUUUGGUUCCUUUAAUGUCCCUUGGAAAAAAACAAAACACUGUAUGCUUUCAGACCACUUCAUCUCGAUAAGUGGUGUGGGUGCCAUGCCCUCUCCACUUUAAUUCUGCAGCUGAAAACAUUGCUAUUUGUUUUAAGAAGGGCAAUGUUCUCAUUGCAGGGUUAACCUGCCUGUAAUGGUUGUCAUACUGGCAGCCCUUAGAGGUUCUUCAGUGGAAAAAGUGGUGUAAAACUCAUAGAAACCAUCUUAUAGGCACAGCACAGUGGUUUGCAGCGCAUGCACACUAGCUUCCCAAUGCUUUCCUAUUAAAAAAUAUAUUGGAUUGGCUGAGAGGUGGUGCUGCACCCAGGGGACCAGCGUAGUGAGGGGGAAAAAAGGUAAGAAAACUCACCUUUUUAACCCUGGCAGUGAGAGCCUGGUCACUUAAAUGAUGAAUAGGGCACUAUAGUAUUAGGAAUUCUCAUUCUGGAAACUACAGCCCUGUGAGAUUAACAUCUGUGUUUGUAAAAUUAUUUGAAGGACUGUUAAGGGAUAAUAUUCAAGAAUUCCUUUUAAAAAACAUCAUUAGCAGUGAUCAACAUGGUUUUAUGAAAGGCAGGUCAUGCCAGAGAGUAGUUGUAAAUGGAAAUAUUUCAUAUUGGACAAACGUGGUUAAGUGGAGUGCCUAAGGGUUCUGUCCUGUGUCCACUUAUCUUUAAUUUGUUCAUAAAUGAUCUUUAAGUGGUAAGUGUAACGAAAUCCCUUAUUGAACAGACCAUACGAACCAGCCUGUUCGGUUAUUUGGAUGGGUACAGAGUGAUUUCGUGCAAAUAGCGAGGAAAAACGAAUGAACUACCAAACCACCCAACCUCCCACUGAGGUCGUGUGGCGCCUAUUAAGCACCCAGACUUUGCGGUUAACCACAGUCUAAUUGGGGAAUAGCUGGUGGUCCGCGUUCGUCUACCGAACACGUGGCAAUCGCCAUUUUGGAUUGUCGACCGCUCAGCGGUAAAUGGUGACGAUAACCUGGAACUAAUUUUGGCUACUUAUUUUGCUGAUCACCGCUGCUACCUCUUCAGGUCCUCGUUCAUACGGUGGAAAACCCACGAAUGCUGGAGAUACCACACCAUUCGUGCGUUGGAUGUAUGCGAAAGUGACCGACCCCAGAUAGCUACAGUAUGGAACUUGUCGGAUACAAACACGCGAACGACCGGUGAAAACAAAACUUCAGUCGACGUUUUUGAGAACUGUGUUCGUGGGAUCUGAGCGCUAUUCGCCUAGAAUAUGCACUCAAAUCCAAGCUAUCUGGGGAUAUGUGGGACUUAAAGUUUAUGUUCGGUAAAAUGUGAGUUAUAGAUUUUUAUGCUGUUUUACUAAAAUAAGAAAAGCCAUGUUUCUUUCUACCUGGAGAUAAUUAAGGCUCUCUUACUCCUUUAAGUUAAUUAUCUCCAGGAUGGAAAAGAGGGAGUGAUUUAUGUAAAAGGGGAGUGCUUAUGUUAUAGCCACUGUGAUUGGCUACUGUAUUUCUUUUGCCCCAGUUUUCAGUCUGGUCCCUUAGGGGAGUGUCCACCAGGUGGGAGACCUGCAUAAAUACCGGGCAGGUAGCCCACAGUAAAUCAGAUCGUUUUACCCCUUCAUGAAGUCUCGACUCAUGUUUGGGGGGAUUGGGAGUUAUAAUCACUUUGUUUUUUGGGAAAAGCGGCAAGGAUCAUCGCUGCACGAAUAGAAGGAUCCUUUACAGUAAGUAAAUACCAUGUGUUGGUGUUUAUAGAUGACACAAAAUUAGGUAAGGUAAUACAGUGGAAUAUUAUAUAACAUGUCUACAGAGGGAUUUGGAUAAAGUGGGGGACUGGUCAGGCAAGUGAUAGAUGAGAUUCAGUACGUAUAAAUGCAAAGUCAUGUAUUUCGGAAUGAGUAAAAAUAAUAAUGGGGAUAAAAAAACAUUACUUAUGAGGAAAGGCUGAAAAAACGGCAUUUGUUUUCUUUAGAAUAUAUAGAUAUAUCGCUAUACAAAUACAUUCAGAGUCAGUACAAACCGCAAUGUGCUAACCUGUUCAUAAGCGUAUACAACAGAAAAGAGGCCACCCAUUGAGAUUGGGGGGGGGAGGGGGAAGCCAUUUCCACUUAUAGCUGAGGAUCUUUACAGUAAGAUUAAAUAAGAUGUUGAAUCAUCUGUCUAAAGAGUUUGUAUUAUCAGAUAUAUAGAUAUAUAUAUAUAUAUAUAUAUAUUUUAAAGAUUUUUGUUUUGCAACAGACUAUUCAAGGUUAUAAUUAUAUGUAUGUGAACAGGUUGUUGAUACAAGGAGAAAUCUGAUUGCCAUUAUGGAGUCAAUGAGGAAGGUUUUCCCUUUUUUUGUUGCAUAAUCUGAAAUUGCUGCAAACUGAAUACCUGAGUAUAUACCCUCUGUCAGCAAGGGCCACUGUUAUUUAUUGUAUACCGUAACUUUUUAAAAAUGACAUAUUAGGAAUUUUAAUUACGACUAAUAAUUAAAUCUAUUUUGAGUUAGGUUUCUUUAGGUGCACUCGUCGGGAAGAAACUAUUAAAUGUAAAACUGAGAAAUAUAUUUAUAUUUUUAAUUUAAAAAAUAUAUGUAUAUUUUAUUCAUAUAUAAUAUUGUGUAAUGUAUUCAUAUAGGGUAAGCCCAAUAUCUCCUUCAAAAAUUAGACAUAAUAUUUAUGGAUGUAUUUAAACAGAAAUGGUGAAAUUAUGUUGUAUAGGAAAAGUGCAAAAAGGCCUUAAUCACAAUUGCAUCACAUCUCGAAAGAGCUUUGGUCCCUUACGGGUUAAAGUGGUGAUGUUUCUCUAAAUAUAUGUAUCCAUAGGUUUUUGGUGUUGAACAGGACAUGGCAGCCAUUUUAGUAAUUAGUGACUCUUCAGUAAGCAUUACCAAGAACCAUGGAAACAAGUCCACACACCAACAAGCUCAGACUUGAAUUAUAACGUUUACUUUGAAAAUAUGAAAUACAUUCUUUGCCUAUGAUUUGAGACUGCUUAAAGGAACAUUAUAACUUUGGGAAUACAAACCAGUAUUCCAAACACUCUAGUGUCACUCUGCAAUUAACUAUAGGUCCACAUAAAGUGUUAAAACCCAUUUUCUCGCUUUCCUCCUCUCCUCCUCCGACAUCACACCAAUCCAGAAACCAGAGGCACAUGCACAGCAACUGCUACGUACACAUUAGGCCUUCCUCAUAGGAAAAUAUUGAAUUAAUGCUUUCCUAUGGUUAUUUAGAAGACGCUGGGUAUCCUCAUGCAAUUCAUGAGGACACCCAGUGUCGUUUUACAGAGUUAAACUCUAGUAAGCAUGGUAAAAAGUCUGGAAGACAGCCAGUAAAGACUGUCUUCACCCUACAAUGUAAACAUUGCCGUUUCUCUGAAACUGAGAUGAAGUGGUCUGGGUACCUGUAGUGUCCCUUUAAUUGUGAUAGGAGUACCACAUGCUUUGAUUAGCUGGUAGAUAAUCUAAAUAAUCAUAUUAUCACAUAGAGAUUAUUUAAUACAAAUAUAAAUAAAAGUAAUAGAUUACAACAUAUACAACUAUAGCAAAUAGUAACCAAUAAUGUAUGCUACAUGUAAACUAUAACAUUUCUUCUCCCGAUUCCAAGAAUAGUGUAAAGUAUUGGCUAAACCAAUUACUGAAACAUACAAUUUUUCACAAUCUAAUACGUAUGCCUUCCUUAUUUCUGAAAGUUGUUCAUUAUUGAUGUCUGGUAAUCUUGCAUCAUUGUCAGGUUUCCAGUGGAGCGCAAACCUGUAUUGCAUGGGAAACUUGAAUUACUCAAUAGGAUAUGAAACCAAGAAGUUAGUUGAAGGUUAAAAAACAAAACAAAACAAAAAAACUCUUGGCUGGCUGUGCGUGCUGUGAUUUGUAGUUCAACAGUCGAAGGGAAAAACAUAAAACACAAACGCACACAACUCUCAGAGUAGCCUAUCCUUAUUGAAUUGCUUGUUCUAAGACUCUUACCGAGAUUCUUUUAAAUUAAUGAUGGGAUCAAAACUUUAAAUAGGAACACAUGAAAAAUAGAAUCAUGAUCUAAUGCUUCCUGAUGUAUACAUUUUCCAUAAGACCUAAACAAGGUUCCUGUUUUGAUAUACAUGCUAUAUUUUCAGUAUUCUAUUUUACUUCACUCACUGUAAAGCUAUGUGAAAUGUGAGAGCAUUAUAAAUAAAUGAUAUACUCCCUAUGAUUUAUUACAUUACUGACCUUUGGCAGGCAUUCUGCUUAAUAGAAGAACUACAUUAAGUGGUGAAAACACUAUCCCGAGAGAGCUUUAAAGCUACGCUGUCUUAUUUAAAUAGGAUUCAGAGUUUAUUAUUUGUGUUUAAUAUAUACUUUGUAAUGUCAGCAAGCCAUAUUUUGAAGGUAUGUUAUUUUGUUGAGGGAUCAGUGAAAAUGAUGAAUAAAAAUGCUGCCACAUAAUUUAAAUGUCAUUACGGGCUUAGUAAAUGACUAGAGAGAGUGGGGUACCGUCACAAAAUUCAAUGAGAAAAUUCUGGAAACUAUGUCAAUGGGCAAACCAUUGAAAAUUACCAAUAACUGGUAUUAAUCUGAUUUUAUAUUUUUUUCACAUAAUAUUUUGUUUUCUUUCAAAUGUGUAUUAAAGAUUUAGCAAUUGACUUCACAAUCCAGUUCAGUCCUGGCCCACCCAGGCACAAACACAGAAGAUAAGUAGAAACAUUGUUUCUUCACGCACUAUGUUCAACGUCAGAAAAGGGCAGAGCUUACAUCAAUGGUUGUGUUAAACAGCUGUGAACUAAAAAUGUGGCUUUCACCCCAGAUUACUGCAUUAGCCAAUCAAACUUUAAGUAGUAUUGGUAGCCUGAAAGUUCUGCUCUAACCUGCUACCAGCAUAUCAUUACAAAUAGCUAAAUUAUUUGGGUCUAUGCAACACUUUGGGUCGGCACAAGAGACAUACCACUAUUGAAUCAAUUCAACUGAGACUACACUCGUCCUUGGCCAAACCAAUUUAAAUCAGCGAUGGGCUACUGUGAUAGGCUGAAAAGUUUCAGCUGACACUCUCGGCCAAUCACUAGCAUUUAUCACUGAUUGGUCUAAUGCAGAGGCUUCAGUCAGAAAAGCAGAGAGGGGCCUAGCUGCCAGCAACAGGGAACCUCCUUCAGCGUUAAACCAUUUCAAACAGUUAACUCUGAACGUGGGGAGAGGGGAUGUAGAUGAAUGAGAUGAAGUGGUUAUAGUGCCUAGAGGGUCCUUUAACCUAUUGGAUUGUCUCUUCCCAGACCUGUAGCUUGUAGGCUGGUAAAACAUAAAACUAACUUUAGUUCUGCUGUAGCUGAAAAUCUACCUUGUAGCCACCCCUACUUUAAGCAAUAGAUUAUCUUAUUUUAGACCUGUAGCCUCUCAUUUCAAUGCAAUAAACAUUCUCACUUUUCUUGCAGCACAGCAUUUGGUGUUUUAGUGACCCCAGGGACUGGUUGAUUAAUAUGCACCACAGAUAUAAAACAAUUGAUUUUUGCAGCUGCAUUGCUAAUGUGGCUGCACCUUUUCAAAUGGCUUUUCCUUUUGUGCACUUCCACUGCAUUUGAUUCAGACACGUUUGAUAGAUAAAACUGUAACAUAAUAUCUUCAGCCAUCCAAUAGAGCAUAAGCAGAAUUUUACAUUUCCUCAAAGCAUUCAAAAUCACAUUAAAACUACGCAAUAGCAUAGUUAUUAGUAGAUUCAGCUAGCAGCGCUACCCGUAAAGGUACAUUAGCGUGCUCUUAAAAUACAAUCGGACUGCCAGAAUACCAUACGAAUGGGAUAGAAAAUAACAGCCAUUCCAUGUUUUUUGCUAAGGUAUAGCAGGGGAAAAUGAUAUCUCCCCUCUCCAUACAUACCUCCCAGCUAUCUUUAUGUGGUCUGUACAACUUAGGCAUGCUAAACACUACCCAAGCUGUUACAAACAGAAAACAUGUGCACUUUGUAACAGGGUCUUACAAAUAACCUAUGUAGUGGUUAUGGUGCCAGGAGUGGCCUGGCAACCUCCCAGAGUAAUUUUUCAAACCAUUUAAGAAUGGUUUGACAACUCACCUAUGUCCCUGCAGGAGAUAUUUGUCUCCAUUGAAUAAAGCAUUGCCCCAUACAGAGUCAUGCAGAGCGCAGCUCUGUUUUAUAUCAGUGGAGCUAACCAUAUUUUCCUUGCAGGGAUUUCCGAAAGCAGGCAUUGCAGGUACCCUGAAGUACCCAGGUAAGUUGUCUGAGUGUUCUACGCAGUGUCUUAUCUGUUCCUAGAACUGGACUCUUCUAGGCAGUGAAUUGAAAUGUCCCACCUGGAAUUUGCUGAAUGCUGAAGUCAGUGCCCCAACUUAGGGGUCACAGCCCUGAGUGCUCCUGUCAAAAAAUGGGACUGCUAGUGCCAUCACUUUCCACAUGCUUUCUUGCUCCUCUUUCAGUCCUUGACAUUUGCCCACCCUCUCAUGUUCCUUCUUCAUGAUGUUAUGGUCACUGGGUAUUGCUAUAUCCACCACUAUUGCAGUCUUCCAGUCCUUGUCUACCACCACGAUGUCAGAUUGGUUAGCCAGUACUUGCUUGUCUGUCUGGAUCUGAAAGUCCCACAGGAUCUUAGCUCUUUUAUUCUAAACAACUCCUUGUGGUAACUCCCAUCUUGACUUAGGCAGGUUCAGCCCAUACAUAUAUUAUUUUUACCUUCAGAGAGUCAAACAGUUCCUGAAGUACCAGGGCAAUUGCAAAGACCAGAUCUAUGCCAUCAACACAUAUGCCUUACCAGUCACCAGGCACCCUGGAAUAAUAACCUGGGCAAGAGAAGAGCUGGGCACCAUGGAUGUCAAGACCCAGAAACUACUCACUAUGAAUGGAGGAUUCCAUUUCAAAUCCAGCACCCAGUGACCUGAUGAGUGUCAAGGCCACAGUCGUGGAUGAAAUACUAUUUUAUAUAUAUAUAUAUAUAUAUAUAUAUAUAUAUAUAUAUAAUACAUUGCUAAACACAAAUACACACACCAGUCAAGCCACAAGACAUGCUUUUCCCACAGAAAUUUCACUUUAACAGUGCUCUCACUACUGCAAGGGACUCUGGGUAGGCAUAUGCAAAUAAGCUCAACAAAGAACUACAUUCUUGCCUCAAUUCCACUUUAUACAUGGAUUCCUUGUAGGUGUAUGCUGUAUACAACAGCUUUGAAACACAAAUCCGGAAGAGGAGCAAAGCCAGAAUCCCUUGCAGUGGUGAGAUUUCUUUGGGAAAAGAAAGUCUUAUAGCUUGAUUGGUGUGUAUUUGUGUUUAACAAUAUAUUAACUAUCCACUUACUUGAGGUGGAAGGGGUUUUCAUCCACACGUUUUUCACCACCACAACUCUUAUGAUAGAUAUAUAUAUAUUAUAUAUAAUAUAAUAUAAUCUCUAUCUAUAUCCUUUAAGGCCUGCAAGUUUCCAACACGGAUUGAGAUCUGGGGAAUUUGGAGACCAAGGCAACACCUUGAACUCUUUGUCAUGUUCCUCAAACAAUUCCUGAACAAUGUUUGCAGGGUGCAUUAUCCUGCUGAAAGAGGUAACUUCCAUCAGGAAACACUACUGCCAUGAAGGGGUGAAUGUGGUCUUCAACAAACUAUGAUGCACUGUAUGUUCUGACACAUUUCCAUCAUGGCCAGUAUUAAGUUCUUAAGCAAUCUGAGCUACAGUAGCUUUUCUGUGUGUGAUAGGACCAGAUGGUCUAGCCUUCACUACACAUAUGCAUCAAUGCGCCUUGGGCGCCCAUGACUCUGACGUUAGUUUAAUGGUUGUCCUUCCUUGCACAACUUUUGGUAAGUACUAAUCACUGCAUAUCGUCACAAUUUGGCCCUUGUCAAAGUCACUCAGAUCUUUUCGGUUGCCCAUUUUACCUGCUUCCAACACAUGACGUCCCACUCCUUGACAGAUGCCAUUGUAACAAUAAUCAAUGUUAUUCAGUUCACCUGUCAGCGGUUUUAAUGUUGUGUGUGUGUGUGUAUAUAUAUAUAUAUAUAUAUAUAUAUAUAUAUAUAUAUAUAUAUAUAUAUAUAUAUAUUAGAAUAUGGCCAGGUGCAUAGCUGAGAAAUAUAUUUUUUUUUGGGGGGGGGUGGAUGGGACAGGGGUGGCGGGGUCAGUCAUGGGCAUCAGUUCUGUCAGGUAGGACUUCUGUGUCUAGUUGGGCAGUGAAGUCUGCCUUUGUGGUGGAUACGAUCCAGUGUGUCCAGGUCUCCAUGUACUUUUUGGUGGUGUUAGUCGCCCCUGUGUGUAGUUCUUCUAUCGCCCUGAGCUCUUCCAUUUGGGUGAACCAUGUCCGGAGUGGAGGGGUCCUAUCCUGUUUCCAGUAUUGGGGUAUGACCUGUUUGGCCACAUUUAGGAUUCUAAUGGUCAUGGACUUCUUAUAUCGGGAUCUGGGUAUGGUCGUGUGGUGUAGGAGCAUUGCUGCUGGCUCCAGUGGUGGUGGCGCGUCUGAGAAUUUCUCUAGGAUGUUGUGUAUACCCACCCAGUACAGUUUAAUUCUGUAGCAUUCCCACCAAAGGUGUAGUGUAGUGCCCUUUUCCUCUCCGCACCUCCAACAUAGGUCAGAGUAUGAGGGGUCGAUUACGUGUAGUAUAUUUGGGGUACGGUACCAGUAGCUCAGCAGUUUGAAUGCCGUUUCUUGUGUCUUUGUGAAGGCUGAACAGUGGUGUGUGAGAUUUUUCCCACUCUGUCUCGGUAAAAGUCCUCCCUAAUGCAGUUUCUCAUUUGCCCUUGAAGGCUGGAGUCUCUGUCGGGGUCUCUCUUUGUAGUAGUGAAUACAGGAAUGAGAUGCCGUGGGGUAGUGGGUCUGGGUGCAUAUAGCACUCUUCGAAGGUAGUCGGGUUCCUAGCAUGGGCUCGUCCCCCGUGGAGGGAAUCUAUAUAGUUCGACAGUUGUUUGUAUUUAAAGAUUUGUAGGAAUGUAGGGGGUUCGUUCUCUAUCAGGUCAGGUAGCGUCCUCUGACCCGAGUGUGUGUAAAUGUGAUGCAAUCUGGGGAUGGGUGUACGGAUUAUGUCCCUAAAAGCGUUCGGGUCAAGGCGGGGGGGGAAGUCGUGAUUGUGUGUUAGGGGUAGCAGAGGUGAAGGGUGUCGGGUCAGUCUGUGUGUCCGGGACGCCCUGUGCCAUACUCGUAGGGAAUGCUGUGCUAAGGAGGAGCAGCCCCGACCGAGCCCCCCGGAGCACCACGGUAGGACCGAAACUGGUCCCACCUUCUCUGUCUCCUCCACCGCCUUCCACAGUUUUCAUUUUAAUAACUUGAAUCCUCCCCAGCCAUGACAUAUGUGGGUAGGACCAUUCUGUUAGUUCUCGUCUAAACAAGUCCAAUAAAUGGGGUAAAGUUUUCCCUGUAUAGGUCCUCCCUCUGUUUGGUCAGCCACGUUCCCAUGUAGCGUAUUUUAUGUUCUGCCCACUGGAAGGGGAAACUUGCGCGUAGGGGGGAGGCCCGACCAUUGGGCAGGUCAGCGUUCAAGAUGUAUGAUUUGGAGAAAUUAAUUUUUAGAUUGGAGAUGACUCCAAAUGUUUUAAAGGCUUGAAGUAUGUUGGGGAGGGAGAUCUCCGGUCGAGAAACGAAAAAAAGGAGAUCGUCUGCAUAGGCGGCCACUUUGUGGUGUGUGUCUCCCACUUGUAUGCCUGUGAUGUCGUGGUGCUGUCUGAUUGCUGUCAGGAAGGAUUCAAAGGCAAGGACGAAGAACAGCUGUGAUAAGGGGCAACCCUAAUGGGUGCCAUUAUGUAUGGAGAACUCUUCCGUCAGUGCCCCGUUCACUAUCAUGUGAGCCGUGGGCCCGUCGUAUAUGGCCUCGACCCAUCUGCGCAUGUGGGGUCCGAGUCCCAUAUGGGCAAGGGUCUGGAACAAGUAAUCCCAUCCCCCCCUGUCGAAGGCCUUCUCUGCGUCAGUAGACAGCAGAAAAAGGCCCCCAGUGCCUCUUUUCUUGUUGUACAUGAGGGCGAGGGCCCUUAUGGUGUUAUCUCUCGCCUCACGGUUUGCUACGAACCCGACCUGGUCUGGGUGGACCAGCGUGGGGAUAUGCGGCUGCAGGCGCAUGGCCAAGAUCUUUGCCAUCAAUUUGAUAUCGCAAUUGAUAAGAGAGAUGGGCCUGUAGUUCCCACAGUGCUCUCCGUCCUUGCCCUCUUUUGGGAUGAUGGUUAUGUGCGCUGUCAACGCUUGCCUGGGGAAGUGGUGGCCCUCUCUCACCGCGUUAAAUGAAGCCAGCAUCGGUUGGUAUAGUUUGUCUGCGAAGUGUUUAUAAUAGCAGAGCGGCAGGCCAUCUGGGCCUGGGCUCUUACCGGGUUUCGUGUGCUUUAUUGCGAGUGCCAGUUCCUCUAGUGAGAUAGGCUCAUCUAGUUGGUCUGUGACCUGCUUAUCUAAUGUGGGUAGUCUGUGUGUCAGCAUGUAUUGUUGGAUGGAGUUUCUUAAGCGCGUAGUCGCUGUUUCUGUGUGUUGUUGGGGGAGUGAAUAUAGCUCUGAGUAGUAAGCUCUCACUGUUUUCAGUAUCUCUGCCGGUAGGCAGCGUACUGAGCCUUGUUUGUCCCUAAUUUUGUCGAUAUAGGUCAGCUGUCGUCGUUUCGCCAGCAUUCUAGCUAAGAGUUUGCCGCUUUUGUUUCCAUGCAGGGAGAAAAAGGCCUUAUGUCUGAUCACGUUCCUGUGGUGUUUAGAGUAAAGUAGUGAGGUCAAGUCACGUCAUAGUUGUAUUAGUUUUGCUUGGUGGGAUGGGUGUUGUGUAUGUUUAUUUAGCGUGUUUAAUUUUGGUAAGUCGGGCUUCUCUUUGUUUUUUAAGUUCUGCACCUUUUUGUAUGAAGUGUCCCUGUAUUACGCUCUUGUGUGCCUCCCACCUAAUCGUCGGGGGGGUAUCCUCAGGUGUGCUGUCUCCUCCACCGCCUUCCACAGUUUUCAUUUUAAUAACUUGAAUCCUCCCCAGCCAUGACAUAUGUGGGUAGGACCAUUCUGUUAGUUCUCGUCUAAACAAGUCCAAUAAAUGGGGUAAAGUUUUCCCUGUAUAGGUCCUCCCUCUGUUUGGUCAGCCACGUUCCCAUGUAGCGUAUUUUAUGUUCUGCCCACUGGAAGGGGAAACUUGCGCGUAGGGGGGAGGCCUGACCAUUGGGCAGGUCAGCGUUCAAGAUGUAUGAUUUGGAGAAAUUAAUUUUUAGAUUGGAGAUGACUCCAAAUGUUUUAAAGGCUUGAAGUAUGUUGGGGAGGGAGAUCUCCGGUCGAGAAACGAAAAAAAGGAGAUCGUCUGCAUAGGCGGCCACUUUGUGGUGUGUGUCUCCCACUUGUAUGCCUGUGAUGUCGUGGUGCUGUCUGAUUGCUGUCAGGAAGGAUUCAAAGGCAAGGACGAAGAACAGCUGUGAUAAGGGGCAACCCUAAUGGGUGCCAUUAUGUAUGGAGAACUCUUCCGUCAGUGCCCCGUUCACUAUCAUGUGAGCCGUGGGCCCGUCGUAUAUGGCCUCGACCCAUCUGCGCAUGUGGGGUCCGAGUCCCAUAUGGGCAAGGGUCUGGAACAAGUAAUCCCAUCCCCCCCUGUCGAAGGCCUUCUCUGCGUCAGUAGACAGCAGAAAAAGGCCCCCAGUGCCUCUUUUCUUGUUGUACAUGAGGGCGAGGGCCCUUAUGGUGUUAUCUCUCGCCUCACGGUUUGCUACGAACCCGACCUGGUCUGGGUGGACCAGCGUGGGGAUAUGCGGCUGCAGGCGCAUGGCCAAGAUCUUUGCCAUCAAUUUGAUAUCGCAAUUGAUAAGAGAGAUGGGCCUGUAGUUCCCACAGUGCUCUCCGUCCUUGCCCUCUUUUGGGAUGAUGGUUAUGUGCGCUGUCAACGCUUGCCUGGGGAAGUGGUGGCCCUCUCUCACCGCGUUAAAUGAAGCCAGCAUCGGUUGGUAUAGUUUGUCUGCGAAGUGUUUAUAAUAGCAGAGCGGCAGGCCGCCUGGGCUCUUACCGGGUUUCGUGUGCUUUAUUGCGAGUGCCAGUUCCUCUAGUGAGAUAGGCUCAUCUAGUUGGUCUGUGACCUGCUUAUCUAAUGUGGGUAGUCUGUGUGUCAGCAUGUAUUGUUGGAUGGAGUUUCUUAAGCGCGUAGUCGCUGUUUCUGUGUGUUGUUGGGGGAGUGAAUAUAGCUCUGAGUAGUAAGCUCUCACUGUUUUCAGUAUCUCUGCCGGUAGGCAGCGUACUGAGCCUUGUUUGUCCCUAAUUUUGUCGAUAUAGGUCAGCUGUCGUCGUUUCGCCAGCAUUCUAGCUAAGAGUUUGCCGCUUUUGUUUCCAUGCAGGGAGAAAAAGGCCUUAUGUCUGAUCACGUUCCUGUGGUGUUUAGAGUAAAGUAGUGAGGUCAAGUCACGUCAUAGUUGUAUUAGUUUUGCUUGGUGGGAUGGGUGUUGUGUAUGUUUAUUUAGCGUGUUUAAUUUUGGUAAGUCGGGCUUCUCUUUGUUUUUUAAGUUCUGCACCUUUUUGUAUGAAGUGUCCCUGUAUUACGCUCUUGUGUGCCUCCCACCUAAUCGUCGGGGGGGUAUCCUCAGGUGUGCUGUCUCCUCCACCGCCUUCCACAGUUUUCAUUUUAAUAACUUGAAUCCUCCCCAGCCAUGACAUAUGUGGGUAGGACCAUUCUGUUAGUUCUCGUCUAAACAAGUCCAAUAAAUGGGGUAAAGUUUUCCCUGUAUAGGUCCUCCCUCUGUUUGGUCAGCCACGUUCCCAUGUAGCGUAUUUUAUGUUCUGCCCACUGGAAGGGGAAACUUGCGCGUAGGGGGGAGGCCCGACCAUUGGGCAGGUCAGCGUUCAAGAUGUAUGAUUUGGAGAAAUUAAUUUUUAGAUUGGAGAUGACUCCAAAUGUUUUAAAGGCUUGAAGUAUGUUGGGGAGGGAGAUCUCCGGUCGAGAAACGAAAAAAAGGAGAUCGUCUGCAUAGGCGGCCACUUUGUGGUGUGUGUCUCCCACUUGUAUGCCUGUGAUGUCGUGGUGCUGUCUGAUUGCUGUCAGGAAGGAUUCAAAGGCAAGGACGAAGAACAGCUGUGAUAAGGGGCAACCCUAAUGGGUGCCAUUAUGUAUGGAGAACUCUUCCGUCAGUGCCCCGUUCACUAUCAUGUGAGCCGUGGGCCCGUCGUAUAUGGCCUCGACCCAUCUGCGCAUGUGGGGUCCGAGUCCCAUAUGGGCAAGGGUCUGGAACAAGUAAUCCCAUCCCCCCCUGUCGAAGGCCUUCUCUGCGUCAGUAGACAGCAGAAAAAGGCCCCCAGUGCCUCUUUUCUUGUUGUACAUGAGGGCGAGGGCCCUUAUGGUGUUAUCUCUCGCCUCACGGUUUGCUACGAACCCGACCUGGUCUGGGUGGACCAGCGUGGGGAUAUGCGGCUGCAGGCGCAUGGCCAAGAUCUUUGCCAUCAAUUUGAUAUCGCAAUUGAUAAGAGAGAUGGGCCUGUAGUUCCCACAGUGCUCUCCGUCCUUGCCCUCUUUUGGGAUGAUGGUUAUGUGCGCUGUCAACGCUUGCCUGGGGAAGUGGUGGCCCUCUCUCACCGCGUUAAAUGAAGCCAGCAUCGGUUGGUAUAGUUUGUCUGCGAAGUGUUUAUAAUAGCAGAGCGGCAGGCCAUCUGGGCCUGGGCUCUUACCGGGUUUCGUGUGCUUUAUUGCGAGUGCCAGUUCCUCUAGUGAAAUAGGCUCAUCUAGUUGGUCUGUGACCUGCUUAUCUAAUGUGGGUAGUCUGUGUGUCAGCAUGUAUUGUUGGAUGGAGUUUCUUAAGCGCGUAGUCGCUGUUUCUGUGUGUUGUUGGGGGAGUGAAUAUAGCUCUGAGUAGUAAGCUCUCACUGUUUUCAGUAUCUCUGCCGGUAGGCAGCGCACUGAGCCUUGUUUGUCCCUAAUUUUGUCGAUAUAGGUCAGCUGUCGUCGUUUCGCCAGCAUUCUAGCUAAGAGUUUGCCGCUUUUGUUUCCAUGCAGGGAGAAAAAGGCCUUAUGUCUGAUCACGUUCCUGUGGUGUUUAGAGUAAAGUAGUGAGGUCAAGUCACGUCAUAGUUGUAUUAGUUUUGCUUGGUGGGAUGGGUGUUGUGUAUGUUUAUUUAGCGUGUUUAAUUUUGGUAAGUCGGGCUUCUCUUUGUUUUUUAAGUUCUGCACCUUUUUGUAUGAAGUGUCCCUGUAUUACGCUCUUGUGUGCCUCCCACCUAAUCGUCGGGGGGGUAUCCUCAGGUGUGUUGUCCUGGAAGUAGUCAGUUAGGACCUUCCCAAAGUGUUCGGUUAGUUCCGGGCGGGACAGCAAGUAUUCAUUCAGUCUCUAUUUGGCUAUCGCGAGUCUGAGGACGGGGGAUUUAAGGGUUAGGGUGACAGGGGUGUGGUCCGACCAGGUUGCCACCCCCAUUUCCGCGUCCAGUACCAAGGGAAGGUGAUACUGUGUCGUGAGAAGGUAGUCCAGGCGGGUGUAUGUCUGGUGGGGGUGGGAGUAGAAAGUCAAGUCUUGUUCGUCCGGGUGGUGUGCUCUCCAGCAGUCAACUAGUUUGUGUUUGGUCAGUAGGGAUUUGAUUGAGUUGAGAUGCUGUUUUUGGACGUGUGAUGUACUUGUAGAACAGUCCCAGACCGGAUCCAUUGCUAUGUUUAAGUCACCCCCUAUUAUGAGGACCCCCUCAGCGAAGGAGUGUAGUUUGUGUAGGGUACGUUUAAGAUAACGGUAGUGUUUACCAUUUGGCGCAUACAGUGUGGCGAAGGUGUAUAGGUGUUCAGCCACUGUGCCUUUUAUAAAGAGGUAUCUACCCUCCCGGUCUGUCAUGCUUGCCUUCUCUAUGAACGGCACCUUUUUGUUGAUCAAUACCGCACCCGUUCUGAGAAAUUUUAGAUGACUUGCUAGCAAUUUAUUCAAUGUAAUAUAGAACAAAAACAAUUUAUCGUAUUUACAAAGACUCAUUUCUAAACACAUUUAUUGUAAUUUAAAGACACAUUGCUGUAAGUAUUAUUGCUGUGGAGCUCUGUUAAACACUUAGACACACCCAACAAUAUAGAGCUCCUAGAAAAGAGGGGCUUAUGGAUUGGUUCCCAAAUUAGCAACUGACUCUCCUAAACAGGGAUACUUGGCACGUGUGAUAUGUGGUCCUGGCUAAGCAUGGAAAAAAAAACUGUAUUCCCUCAUAUUUGUAAUUGGGCAGCAUGCACAGAGGUUCACCUGUCGCAAAAACUGAAUAGGGGCGGAGAAAGUUUUUUCAUUAUGUCACCAUUUCCUACAUAUUUCCUUCUGCAUUUCAGAAACUCUUUAAUGACAACUUCCCCUUUCUGUGUCAUUACCAGAAUAUAAACAGGAGUGUAAGAGAGAGGCACGUAAGCAGCCGUAAUCUCCUUGUUUGUGCUGAGAACCCCUGUGCAAGGGAUCUGAGGCCAGAAAGUUGCAGCACGGUGGCUAUCCAGCUUGUCUGACAGGUUAGUGCACUGUUCAUAGCAGGUUUUCUUUAUGUUAAGUUACAAUAUCACUGUUCGACUGGAGGGCUGGGGACGCUAGGGUGUGUGACACACUAUAGUGAUGAUAUCCUGAAGCAGCGGGUUAUUGCUAAUCGUGGAUGUAACUUGGAACUGAAGGGAACUUAAGGCAAAGGAGGACUGGCAGAUUUUGGACAGGUGACACAUACACUCUAUCAAUAACCUUUUUUGCACACAAAUCUUACAAACUUCUAUAUGGAGGGUCCUACUUAUAUCGGCCAUGUGAUUUAUGGGUUUUUACAGAUGGAUGCUGCACGGCGUGACAUCAUAUACUUUAACUGUCAUCUGUUUGACCUGUUUGGCAUGCGGGAGUAUUCACCUAGAAAUCUGCAUGGUUAAUAGAAACACUAGAUAGCCACCAAUGACAGCUUGCAUGUUUUAUUAGCUUCAUGAGCACGGUGUCCUCUCACACGGUGGUCCCAUACUCAUCAUAGUCUGGCAACCUAGACACUUUCCAACACUUGAAAUGGACAAAGAGGGAUUUGGGACCAACAUAGGGACUCUCUAGGCUAACAAUUCCUUUCUGUUGCCUUAUUCCUGCAGUAACAUGCCAACUGGCACCUGCAGAGGGAGAAUAAGGGCAGGGACUGCAGAGGGUGCAGGGGGUAUGGGUCUGCAAGGAGGUAGGAACUGCCGUAGAGCAGGGAGUAGGGGGUUAGGGGCUGCAGGGGAGUAGGGGCUGCAGGGGAGUAGGGGCUGCAGAAGGUACAGGGGAGUAGGGGCUGCAGAAGGUGCAAGGGGGUUGGGACUGCAGAGGGUAGAGGCUGCAGAAGGUGCAGGGGGGUUGGGGCUGCAGAGCUCCCUCUGGGAGGUAUGGGGCUACAGAAGGAGCAGAGGGGUUGGAGUUGUAGGGGAAGCAGGGGGUAGGGGCUGCAGGGGGAGAGCAGAAGGUGGGAGGGGGCUGCAGAAGGAACAGGGGGGUUGGAGUUGCAGAGGGAGCAGGGGGUAGGGGCUGCAGGGGGUAGCGGCUGCAGAGGGUGUAGAGGCCAUGGGAUGAUGGGAGUUGGUGUAAAGGUAUAGGGGUAUAAGGGCUGUGAUGGGGCAGUAGUGGGGGAGAAUAUGAAAUCUAAAUAUUUUGAAUAAAUAAAAAACAAUGAUUUAAAAAAAAAUCUCCCCUCCCCAAGUUUUACCUCCCAGGUGGUGCAAAAAUCCUCUUCUGUAUGUUCCUCACCGCCCCAGACAUGCUGCCUGUAACACUGCUCAGGGCAGCUCCGCACAGCUCGCUCCGCACAGCUCGCUCUGCACUGUAACUGAUGUCACUUCAUGCAGAACAAGCUGCAUGGAGCUGCCCUGAGCAGUGUUACACUGAGGGGCAGCCUAGAGGGGGUCUUUGGGAAGGCCCGUUAGCUAUCCCUCAGUGUGCCCAGCAAGGGGGAGCAGAUUUCUAGCAGUAGGGGCCCGCUGAAAGGCUGUGUGGGCCCCUUACUAAGUGCAGGCUGGCUGGGGAACUUGCUGAACUCCCCAGCUCAGCCAUAACUGCACUGCAGAGAGUUCUCAGGCCACCACUGCCAUGAGAUAUAUGGUAAAUAAAAUGGUAUGCCAUCAUGGGGGUAUUUUUUAUUCCUGGGCUACCAUUUGGUCUCAAAGGCAACAUAACCAGUCUGGCAAAUUUCAAUGUGUAUAAACUGAAAAAUGUAUGUGUACUUUCAGUAUUGCAGUAACAGCUAACAGUAUUGUGACAUUCACAGUUAAAAUGCCAUGCAGAACUAAAAAAAAUUACAAUUUCUCAUUUUUAAAAAUAUUUUAUUCAUAUUAAAUUAUGUUUAGUAUGCAAAUAUUUGUGACAUGAAAGCCCUAUUUCUCAUGAACAAAAUGAUAUAUAAUAAGUGUGGAUGCACAUUAUAUGAAAGAGGUGAAUUACGCCUGAACAGACAUACAGUCAAAUUCAAGGUUUUGUUAACGUUUUGUUUUGAUCACAACUUGUACAAUUGGCUUAGUCCUUAAGCAGUUAAACCGUCACGAAUGGGGGGGGGGGGGAAUGGGGUUGAAGUUGAGGAGGGCGGGGGGGGAUUAGCAGCCACAUAAACAGCUAGGGUAAUUCUAUAGUAUUAGGAUACAGGUAUAGCGUUUCUUUAAGGAAAAAAAGGACCAAGCAACAAUAUGCUGCAGCCGAAUCACCGAAUUAUCAUACUGGUUUAUACCUCCAACACUGAUUAUCUCACUUGUGCUAAUGCAUAAAUAUUGUCUGCUGCCGCCAAUGUGAUGACAAUUGUGAAGAACCCCUCCGUUCCCUAUGUUAUUUACUGUUUGCAUUCCCUUUUUAUCCCCAUUUCUGCCUAUUGCAUUUGGUAGAUGGAAGUACCGAACAAGGACCACCCUAUGGCUCAUUAAACAUCAAACGUUUAGGUGAAAUUGCUACCUCUGUCUGUGCGGCCAGCGUUCGUUAGUCGAAUGCCACGUGGCAGAGAAAACCGCGGCCAUCUUUGUUCAUGCGAACAAAGGCAGCGUGACCUGGUCGUCGAGUGCAUGGAACUGUUUUGCGGACACUCGACUUCCCGAACACCGGUCCCAAACAGACGAACGCUGGAACUCUAUUUACCGAAUAGCUAGAAGAGCGCUAUUCGGUACUUUGGUGCAUUCGACAGAGGGGCACGAACGCUGCUAUGAGCCAGAGGUAUCCAUUCGGUAUUUUUAUUCGUUUUUAUGUUUUUUUCGAAAGUGACCGGCAAAACCCACCAAAUUUGUGGAACUGUUUUGGGCAUGCAGCCCAGGGUGAGUCGGUCACAGAAGACUUCCAUAAAAUUUGCGAACCCCUGAACCGAUCUGGGUGAAAUUCAAAUAUGUUGGUCACCCAGAUCAGGGCUAUCAGGGGACACAUAAUUUAUGGGGAUACCCCCAGUAUAAAGGGGUGUUCUGAAAGUUGGGGGGAAAAGGGAUUUUUCAGCCCGGAGAUAAUUAAGUUACUAUUUUAUCAAACUAAAUUAUCUCCUGGGCUAGGGGAGGGAUUUGUAGGUGUGUGUUAACAUUUUACUGUUUGUGAUUGGUUAUUGUUUGUCCCUCCCUGAGGGCUGUCCCCUUGCAUGGGGACUUGCAUAAAAGCUGUGUGCACCCAUUAAAGGACAGUUCAUUUUGUACCCUUCUUCUUAGCUUCGGCUGAUGUUUGGGGAUUCGUGUGUUUCACUGAGGGAAUUAUCUGGUGAGACUAUUGGAAUUGCUAUAGGAUUCGUCUACCCUAACUACUGAACGGAGGGCUAUAAUCACUAAGGCUCUGGCGGUUCGGGAGGAAACUACCGAAUGAGGUUUAAAUAUACUUGGUUUCCUUACAACAAUUAAUAGUGCGUAUGGUUUCUAGAUCUCCAUAAAGUUCCUCCAAAGAACCGGAUUAAGUGAUCAUCCACAGGUGCAAACCUGCACUCGUUUACUGUAUUCUCUACUCGAUGUCAUAUCACAGAAAAAUACUCAAAGCUGCAUACAACAAAUCAGUCACACUGUAUGCCUCAAAGAUGUCUCCAUCAUUACCCAAUAUGAUGCAUAAUGUGUCUUUGUAACAGGUUAGACUAGAACAUAUUCCUUUUUCUGACAGGUGAGAUUGCCAUCAUCAGGUUUUUCCUGUCACUGUUUGGAAGACUUUUUAUCUUCAUUUCUGUGAAACCAAGGAUGUCCCUCCCACGCCAGCUUCGGGAUGAGAGGUAAAAGGCACAUGUCAUGAAGACUAGCUAUACAUACAUUUACACAUGCAAUAUAUCUGUAAUCCAUUCCAUACUGUAUUUUAAGAGCAAACUGUUGGCAUUUGUAAGAAGUACAGUAAUUCUGUGAAAGCCCUAGUUGCAUGAUUCAUGCAAAAGCUAUUAAUUAACAUUCUCAUCCUUUUAACACAAGUUGUGCAACUACUCAUUACUAGACCAAGUUCUGAAUACUAUACUGAAUAAUACUUACUUUAUACUUACUGAAUAUCCUUACUCUAAUCAUUAAGCCAAGCUGGUAAAUGUUACCAUCAUAGUAAAGUUAUCUAUUUAUGGAUUUAUGUAGAUUAUGAACUAAGCAAACUCUUAUGAGAUUAUAGCCAGUAGUACAUCGCCAGAUAAUAUAAUCUCAUUCUGUGCUAUAGUAAUUUAAUCACCAGUAUACUAUCGUAAAAUGCCAUAUCAAUCACAAUAUACCACUGUAUAUUGCCCUCACAGUCUCCACUAUACCACUGUAUAAUGUCAGCACAGUCACCAAUAUACCACUGUAUAAUGCCCUCACAGUCUCCACUAUACCACUGUAUAAUGUCAGCACAGUCACCAAUAUACCACUGUAUAAUGCCCUCACAGUCUCCACUAUACCACUGUAUAAUGCCCUCACAGUCUCCACUAUACCACUGUAUAAUGCCCUCAGUCACCAAUAUAUCACUGUAUAAUGCCCUCAGUCACCAAUAUAUCACUGUAUAAUGCCAUCACGGUCACAAUAUACCACUGUAUAAUGCCAUCACAGUCACCAAUAUUCUACUCUAUAAUGUCAUCACAUUCACCAAUAUACCACUGUAUAAUGCCAUCAGUCACCAAUAUACCACUGUAUAAUGCCCUCACAGUCACCAAUAUACCACUGUUUAAUGUCAGCACAGUAUCCAAUAUACCACUGUAUAAUGCCAUCAGUCACCAAUAUACCACUGGAUAAUGCCCUCACAGUCUCCACUAUACCACUGUAUAAUGCCAUCAGUCACCAAUAUACCACUGUAUAAUGCCAUCACAGUCUCCACUAUACCACUGUAUAAUGUCAGCACAGUCACCAAUAUGCCACUGUAUAAUGCCCUCACAGUCUCCACUAUACCACUGUAUAAUGCCAUCAGUCACCAAUAUACCACUGUAUUAUGCCAUCACAGUCUCCACUAUACCACUGUAUAAUGCCCUCACAGUCUCCACUAUACCAUUGUAUAAUGCCAUCACAGUCACCACUAUACCACUGUAUAAUGUCAGCACAGUCACUAAUAUACCACUGUAUAAUGCCCUCACAGUCUCCACUAUACCACAAUAUAGUACCAUCUUGUUUGCUAGUCAUAAAUCAGCUACUGACCUUUGCUCUGCUUUCUGUUCCUUAGUGAUUUUGACCAGUUACCUGAAGAUGUUGCUGUAUCUGCUCACAUAGCAGAUGUGGAGGAGAAAAGAGGCUUUACCGUAUAUUAUGUAAGUCCUAUCAUUUCCAUAUAUGCUUGGAGUUUGUUGUGUUUUGAUUUCGUCAGUUUGACCAGUGGCAUAGAACCAUUACAAUAUUCCAUCUGCUUUACUUGUUGCUACUUUGAGUGCAUCUCCAGUAGGGUAAAUGGGUAACUUCAUAUUUAGAAUCUAAAAGAAAUAUACAGCUUUUAUUCCACCUUACCAGAGUCUGUGAAAUCCUUAAAUAUGUCCGUGUCUCUAAGGACUCAGCUAUAGCAUUAGCAAACACACAUCCUCUUUACUUAAACCUCUCUGUUGCUCUGAAUCAAAUGUAACCUGUUGUUCCUUGCAGGCUUUUGUGAUUGAGGUGAAAACCAAAGGUGGUAGCAAGUAUUUUAUAUACAGAAGAUACAGCCAAUUUUUCACUCUCCAUGCCAAACUGGAACUUAACUAUGGCCCGGAGAAUGGCAUACCCCCAUAUGUCUGCAUACUUCCUGUCUUACCACGUAAGUGCUCUACAAACCUUAAAUCCCACCAUUUGUAACAGCCACCAGCACUGUGCUCUUUUCUUACUUGUUCUGAAUCUUACAAGACUUCUUACCCUUCUAAGUUAAUCAACAUCUUUUCACAUCUUAUGAUAAGAAGGUCAUUCUGUUUCUUUAUAUCCAGUGAGCAGUCUCUCUAUUUGUGAUAUGCUUUCUGUCCAAUAUAGUUUAUCAAUACUCACUUUCAGUUCCAGUUGCAAAAAGUAAGUCUACGAACCCAUCACUUUCUCCACUGUUUACCAUCCUUUAAGUAACUCACAUUAUCCUGCUCAUAAACAUGUGUAUCCUGGGGUAUAUUAUCAACAGAUAAUCAAAGCUGUCUUUAUUGCAAAAGGGGCAAACAACCUUGGGCCCCAUAAUUUACAGGGGUCCACUGCAACAUCUGUCCUUUGCUCCCCUUGGCAAUGAUGGUCACUAACGGUGGAACUAAAGCCUAUGCAGCCAGUGUCCUGCAAGCUGCAGGGGACCCAUCAGGUGUACCACAUAUUUAGUACUGCUGAUGAGCAUAUUUGAUCAGGGAAUGGAAGCAGGAGGAUGUCUGAAAAUAUGCAAAUUAUGACUUGUAUGUGUGUAUUUGUCAGUGUGUUUGUGUAUCUGUGUCUACAUUUUUCAGUGUGUGAAUUCAUUGUCUAUUUAUCUGUGUGUGUGUUUGUUUUAGUAUGUAUAUCUGUGUUUGUCAGAGUGUGUUUCUGUUUGUAUCUGUGUGUGUGUGUGUCAGUGUGUAUGUGUGUCUGUGUCAGUGUGUAUGUGUAUUUGUUUAUACAUCCCAGAAUACAAAUACUACAUACAAACACACUCAGCAUUCAAACGCAAACACUACACACAAGUAAAUCACUUGUUUCAAAUGACAUUAGCACAAACACACAAGUGCAUGCCGAUAGACGCUCACACAAGAUAUAUGACAUUUCACAUUUUGGGGGAAAAGCACAAGUGCGCCACUAGAUAAGUUCCAUCCACGGUAAAAUAAUUCCAAACGGCAUUUGAUGUUUCUGACAAAAAAAUUGAAUACAGCAGAAUCAUGUAAACGUGGGGACAGAAGUUAAAUUAAAUGGGUAUGGAACCUGAGGGGAAGCCACAAAGUCAUGACUUGGGGUCCAAACCUUUUAACAUGUGAACAGACCUUUAAUGGACUGUUGUUCAAAGGGAGCAUAUUUGCUCUCUAUUGACACAUAUUGGUGGCCAUAACCAUAGCAUGAAUAUUUAAUCUCAACUGAACAUUGUCUACGUGAAGCAUAUCACUUCACAGAAAUGAAUAUCCAUAACAAUAAGCAUAUGCCUUAGUUUUAAUAAAGUUGUUUUAUAAUGUGGUUUAAUACAGUUAAUAAAGCCAUUUUAAUACGUGCAUGUUUUUCAGUUUCUUUUCGAGUGGGGUGGUAGAGGGAAUUCGGAGUACGUGGAUGCAGGGGUUCAAGGUGAGGGGUGAAGGUUUGGGAGGGUGGGAGGCCAGGGGUCAAUUAAUAUUCUCUUUACAGUGGCCUUUCCAUAGUGCUCAAUGUUAGGCAGGGUGUUCAAAGUACAGGCUAGGCUGUUCCUUGUAAUUCUUUCUCCCUAAGCAAACUAGGACUCUACGCUUUAUCUUUGCAUAACUAUGUUGCUCUAUAUUUUUCCACACCAGCCUGUAGGUAUGGUGUGGGUAAAGGAGCAUAUAAAUAAUAUAUAUAUCCUUAAAGAUAAAAAUAGCCAUUUAUUUUUUUUGUAUAAAAAACAUUAUCUGGAAAUCUAUUCAUAAACAGGACAAUACAUAGGAGAAGAGGUCAUGUUUAAAUAACAGUUGGAUAAAUACUUGCAAAAACACAAUAUACAGAGAUAUACAUUUUAAUUAGUGGGGUAAUAGCUUCUUGAUCAAUGGAGAUAUCUGACUGCCAUUUUGGCAUCAAGAAGGAAUUUUUUCCUAGUUUGUUGCACAGUUGGAAGCGCUUCAGACUGGGUUUUUUGCCUUCUUUUGGAUCAACAGCAAAAAUCACACAUGAAAAAGGCUGAUUUGAUCGACGCGUGUGUCCUUUCUGCUAUAUAACUAUGUAUAUGAGAAUGCAAAGGAUAUUAUCAAGCAAGUAAACAUUUUACUAAUAAAAUCAUAAAAUAUUAAUAUAUUAAACCCCUAUUGUGGAUUGUUUCCUACAGGAUAAAGCAUACCCCCAUCUCCUGUCACUGUGUUUUGGACUAAUUGAAGUGUAGUGAGAGGAGUUUAUCAGUCAAAUAUUGAAAUUACAGCAAUUAAAAUCUCUUGAAAACAUUUGACUUUUAUAGAAAGAUUAAAUAUUUUAGCUUGGGGCAGGGGCUGCUUGUUAAUGUGCAAACCUGCCUCCGCUUUCUGUGACGUUAGAGGCACAUCCUUAUAUACAGAGCAUUUAAAAUGUCCAGUGCUCUGUAUGAAUGUCCUUGCAUUGUUGGUAGUGCUCAUCUUAUCACAGUAAUUAUUGUGGGAACUUGGUUCCCUCUGCACAUAUAGUAUGGGAACCAAGUUCCCAUUGGUACCCACUGCACUAGAGGGACAUUUACCUUUCAUUAAAGGAUCACUAUAGGCACCCAGACCACUUCAGCUUAAUUAAGUGGUCUGGGUGCCAGGUCCAGCUAGGUUUAACCCUUUUUUCUAUAAACAUAGCAGUUUCAGAGAAACUGCUAAGUUUAUAAUACCGUUAAUCCAGCCUCUAGUGGCUGUCACAUUGACAGCCGCUAGAGGCACUUCUGCGCUUCUCACUGUGAUUUUCACAGUGAGACGACUCCAGCGUCCAUAGGAAAGCAUUGAGAAUUAUUAGAAGUAUUAGAAUGCUUUCCUAUGGACUGGCUGAAUGUGCGCGUGGCUCCUGCCGCGCAUGCGCAUUCAGCCAAUGACAUUGCUAUGGAGGAGGAGAGGAGGAGGAGAGUCCCCCUCCCGGCGAUGGAGAAAGAGGUAAGUUUAACCCCUUCCUCCCCCUAGAGCCCGGCAGGAGGGGGACCCUGAGGGUGGGGGCACCCUCAGGGCACUAUAGUGCCAGGAAAACGAGUAUGUUUUCCUGGCACUAUAGUGGUCCUUUAAUCUGAACGAUAACCUAUAGUUUAUAAUAAUCAACCCCUUAAAGACUGGUGGUGUCCUAUGACUUCUUAGCAAUUUGAUCUUUAAGAGGUCUAUUCCCCAAAAAAGUAUAGUUCUCAAUGAAUGGCAGUAGGACUUCCAAGACUCAAUAAUCUGAAAAUUCACCUUUUGUAAGGGGGUCAGAAAUCCACCAUAAAUAAGUAGGAUACGACUGUAAUUACAGCAAAAAUCAAUAUUUGUCCUUAAAAUGUUCAAUUAGGAAGUAUACUUCAAGAUUAUGUAGUUGUAAAGUAUUUUUGGGAUUAUAUGUGUGCAUAUUGUGUUUUAGUUUAGUUCAGAUGUAAUUGAAUUUGUAGUUUCUCGGAAUGUGUUUUAAAUCUGAUUAUUGACUUUUACCUACAGCAAAGAUCUAUGUCGGGAGCAAGAAUGAAAUUGCAGAGUCUCGCAUUCCACUUCUCAAUGCAUAUAUGAAGGUAAUUCUGCUAGAGGCUUUAUGUUUUACUGAGAAAUUCCUCAUGUUAGCUUUUAUCUAGAAAAAUUCAAUUUUAAAUCCAAAAGCCACUACUGGAUGCUAAUUCUACUUCACCACUCUGUUGCUUCCUUCUCUACGCAUUUCACAAUCUCAGCCCACUAAUAAAUAUUUCUGUAGCUUGGGACACCCACGGCUAUAAUUGCACAUACUAGCUAAAUGACCAAUCCUGAUUAGCAGCCAUUGCAGUCUGACUGCCAACAUAAAUGUACAAUAUUAUAGUCAGUUUGGCUCUUUUCCUAAUAUAGAAAAUGUACUUUAUAAUUCACCACAAUUCUUUUGUUAAACACUAAAUAGAUUGGGUUCAGUCACUAGCUACAAAAAUAUCUAUUAGUGGGCUGAGAUUGUGAAAUGUUUGAGGACCUGUGGUAAACUGAUAAACAAAUAGCAGAUUUUAUAUAAAACACAACCACUUUAAUUCGGUUCUGUCACCCCUUCAGCAGGAGUGUUAAGACCUGCAGUGGUUAUGGUACUGCAGUCUUCUAUUCCUUCCUCAAUAGCUGAGCCUAAGUGAUUAGAACUGCAGUAGGAGGUAGAGGAAUAGUGUAGAUGAAUGCAGCUUCCAAGAUGAUUCCCCCCAGCAAAUAGAAUAUUCCCCAAACAUGAGCCUAGACUUCAUGAAGGGUGUAACAGGAAUGAAGUUUAUUGAUGACACACUGGCUUUUAUGAGAAAUCCUCCUGCAAGAGGACCUCCCACAGUAAACAAAGACAAUAACCAAUCAACAUACAGCUUUACAGUAACCUCGCCCUCUCUCUGCCUGAGAGAUAUUGAGAUAAGUUAAGGAAUAACCCAAUUAUCUCCAGGCAGAGGGCACACAAUUUUCCCAAAAGUUAGAACAUCCCUUUCCACACAAGGUAUCCCCACAAAUUACAUAUCCCCUGAUAGCCGCGAUCUGGGGCACCAACAUAUCCAAAUUUCACCCAGAUCGGUUCAGGGGUUCUUAAAAAGGAUGGAAGUCACAAGUUACCGACCACGAGGCUUCUGCCCAAAACAGUUCCACGAAUUCAACAUGUGUGGUCAAUUCAGAAAAAGGCAUAAAACUAAUAAAAGUUCCGAAUGGAUCCUCCUGGCUCAUAGGAGCGAUUACUCCCCUUGUCUGUAUGAACAAAACUACCGAAUGGCGCUCUCCUGGCUGUUCGGCAACUAAAGGAAGCAAGCGUUCGGUAGUUUCAGCGGUGAUUCGGGGGGUCGAGUGUCCAAUUUUAGUUCCAGACACUCGACGACCAAGUCCCGCUGCCUCCUUUCGCGCAAACAAGAUGGCCGUCGUUUUCUGUUCCACGUGGCAUUCGGCUCUACGAAAAGUGGCCGCCCAGAGAGCGCUUAAUAGAUGGUUCUUUUGAAGUUAAUGAGCUAGGAGGGUGGUCGGUGUUCGGUAGUUUUAAACUACCGAGUCAAUAGAUUCAACAUGUACAAAAAUACUGCAGAAAAAAACAGAACAUAGGAGAAAAUACUGAACUAAGUCUAUUUUCUUCACAAGGAGUAUUUUGUAAAAAUAAAAUCUUCAUGAAAUCCUAACAUUGACUGUAUUUUAAUUUCACUGAAAUUCCAUCCAGUCAAAACAUAUACUGAGGAACUACUUUGUCUCAGUUUUGUUCCUAUGCUUCACAAGCUUGACAAAGGGGAGCGUUACCUUUUGUCAAGCUUGUCAUUUCCCUCAGCUGUCCCUAGUUAUGGCCAUAAGGGAAAAAAGAUGCUUCUAUGGAGGAUCCACCGGGACCACGUACGCACAAGAGUAUAGUGCUGACGAUGGCUCCUUGCAGUCUGUCCUUUGCUCUCUCCUAUAGGGCAGCACUCUAUUCUCUCCUCCAGCAUUGCUUCACUCCACCUUAUUUGAUUGCUACCUCCUGUCCUAUUGUGUUAUACCCCCCACCUCCUAUAGACUGUAGGCUUGUUUGAGCAGGGCCCUCUUCAACCUAUUGUUCCUGUAAGCUUUUGUAAUUGUCUCAUUUAUUGUUAAAUCUCCCCCUUUGGUAAUAUUGUAAAGCGCUAUGGAAUAAAUUGGCGCUAUAUAAAUACCAGUCAUAAUAAUAAUAAUACAUGCCCAUUGUGGCUAUUUUGGCUUUGGUUAUGCAAUUUAGCUUUUAAUUCCUCAAUUUUGUAUUUUAUUGGAUACAUGUAUUUUUAUGUCUUUUUUUGCCUUUUUCACUUCAAGUGUAGAAUAAAUGUCAGUUUUCACCAACUGUUAGAAAGACGUAACUUGCUUCAAGUAUAUCAAGGUAUAAGGUAUACUUACAUAGAAAUGUUAUCUAGUAUUGGGGCAUUUUCUGUAUUAUAAGUUUUAUUUGUAAUGCUUUAGUUUUACAAUUCACUUAAUACAAACUGAGUAGUAUAAAUGUUUCAUUUAUGUGUAAAAAGAAUACAGAAAAAGAAAUGACAUGUAAUUUUGAAUCCCACCAGUAGCUGGCGCUUGUGACCACAAAUAACCAAGCCAGACAUGUUGCAUAAGGUUUCAACUUGCACUGGAAAGACAGUAUUUGCUCACUGUACACUAGGGUAACCAUAUUUUUCAAUGCAUGUUUCUUUAUUAGAGGCAAAGGUUUCUAAAAGAGAGAAAAACAGAUUGCUUUAUGGCUAAGAAUAUAAUUUGUGUACAAUGUUCCUUCUAAUAUUUAGUCAUUUGUGUGCAGAAAAAUGCUGUUCUGCAAAUUAUUUUCCUGUCAGAAAAGUAUGUGCAAACUGAAUUCUUGAAACAAUGUUCAGGUUUACAUUUUCACAAGACAAUUUUAUCACAUUGGGAGUAGGUUAUUAGGCACUGUUUUUACUCUGUAGUUGGCUUAUGAUUUAAUUGUAUGCUUUUUGUAUAGCUCCGUUAUGCAAGCCACAUUACUAUGUACUGCCUGUCAUUUGUGUGCAUCUCUUAUAUAUUUGAAUAUGGUGUUGGUUUAAACUUUAGUAGUGCCUUAUAAGGUUUGCAACUUGGCAUUCUCAUUGUUUUAUGUGCCUUCUCUCUCACAUUUUUAUUUGUAUAAUACAAGUAUAUUACCAUGUUUUAAUAUAACACACAUAGGAUAGCAAGCUAUAUUAUGCCCCCAUGCCACAUUGUCUAAACAUUGCCUACAUAUAUAUUUUAGUUUGCCUUCAUUUUAUAAUGCAAAAAGAUAAGUCCUGCGCUCACUCCCAUCACUACUGGGCCGGCAGCAAUGUCUACAGUACACAUCAGCCCCGCUUUAGAGGGGACCUGCUUUAGGAGGGUCUGCCUUGAGGUUGGCAGGCGGGCAUUCCCUCCACUGGCCAUUGGAGCAACUAAAUGACCUCCAUUUGUCUAAAUAUACAUAGGGAUUAAUGAGAGAGCGCAGGUAACUUUUUCUUUUCUUUGGUUUUUACUAUAUAUUGGAGCUGAUGUGUACUGUAGUCAUUGCUGCCGGCCCAGUAGUGAUGGGAGUGAGCGCAGGACUUAUCUUUUUGUAUUCGUAUGUACUUUGUAUCACAUAGCCUUGUUACAAUGCUGCCGCCCAUCCCAUGUGUUCCCUAUUAAGGGUUAAUAAGUAUAUAGGGGUGUAUAUAAAGGGUACCCCUCUCUGUCUCAUUGGAGAUAUCUUUUCCAGAAGCUCAAGGAAGCAGGCUGAAGGGUCAGUGUAGGACCCACUUAAGGGGGGUCUGCCUUGACGUUGGCAGGCUGGCAUUCCGUCCAGUGGCCAUUGGAGCAACUAAAUGACCUCCAUUUGUCUAAAUAUACAUAGGGAUUAAGGAGAGAGCGCAGGUAACUUUUUUGCUUUCUUUGUUUUUUUCAUUUUAUAAUGCCCACAUCCAUGCCGCAUUGACUCCAUUUUAUUAUGCAGAUUGCAUUCAGUCAGGCUGUCUAUUGAUAUAUCUGCACUGGGCUUCCUUACACAUGUCACGCAGUACUGUGAUUCUCGACUGCCGUCCCGCGAGAUGACAAUAAAUAAAGCAUUGCGGAGAUUCACAAAGCUGCGCAGUGCGUGUAAAGGAGCACAAGUCCUGCUCCUGAGUCCUGACACAUCCGCAGAGGCCCACAGCCUGCGCUUGCUCAUAAUUUCGUUAUGUGCGCUAAAUGCAAAAUAGGAGUGCGUGCGCAUGCACACACCUUACAGGAAACAGAGUUCAUGUACUAUUUUAAAUAUUUGCUUUAAUAAUGUCAACAUAAAUACAGAGUGUCAUUAUAGUAAUUGUUUUUUUCAUUUUCUAAAUGCAAUCUGUAGAUAAUGCAUUAAAACUAUGGAAAAGCAAUAUUGGGAACAAAAAAAAGUUCACAUUGAGUCUGUGCUCAGACCUGGAAGUAACAUGAUAGUCACUUAAAUGUCUAUAGCACUGCUGAGCUUAUCGUGCGAGCACAGCGUACAGCAAUGAUUCUGGGAGGUGUACAGAAGAACUACAACUUACAGAAUCAUCAACCAUUGGAUCACGUACAGAAGUUUUAAAUUAAGUAUCUAACCACAAUAUGGAUGUCAAUGUAAAUGGUAACCCUACCCAACUAGUUCACCUGUAUGGGUAUUGUGUAAAACUCCAGUAGCUGAGACAAUGUUACUCAAAAGUCAACUUGCCAAACACACCAGUUGAUUGUAAGGGGUGUGAGUUGAUGCUUUCAAAUAGCUGCCCCUAGGCUGACCAACUAGGAGAUAGUAAUUAUUUGCAAUGUUACAAUCUAUUUUUACACUUUGGUAAGCAAAAGAUAAAGUCAGAGUUUAAAGUGACAAAUUGUUUUUGAAAUUGUUUGCGUAGUUCAUUUCUGCAAUAAAUAAAAAAAUAUAUAUAUUUUUUUUGCAAAUAUAUAGAUAAGGUGAAAGUCAAAAUGGGCAAUUGAUAGAAAUUUACACCGGUAUAUUUUAUCUCUAUUAAGUAAAUCCAGGUUGCAUAUUUUUACAAUAUGUCUUUGAAAGAUUUAACACAAACUUAAUAAUGAAUAGACAUGUGCAAUUCGCUUCGGUCCGAAUUGAAAUUCGGAUGAAUUUCACACAAUCGGAUGCUACCUAAUGGCAGAAUUUCGGAAGUGCAAACCGAAGUGCCGAAUUUCGGAAGUGCCGAAGUGCUUUGGACUUCUGAAAAGUGGCAAAAUGGGUAGGGUUAGGGUUGGGUUAAGAGUAAGGUUAAGGGUAGGGUUGGUUUAGGGUAGGGGCAGGGUUUGGAGUAGGGUUAGGAGUAGGGCUAGGAAUAGGGGUAGGGUUAGGGUUGGGUUAGGAGUAGGGUUAAGGGUAUGGUUAGGGUUAGGGUACCCCUACUCCUAACCUAAUCCUACUCCUAACCCUACUCCUAACCCUAAUCCUAGCCCAAUCCUAAUCCUAACCCACCUCUACCCCUAACCUAACUCUAACCCUACCCCUAACCCUACUCCUAACCCUCCUCUUAACCCAACCCUUACCCUGUAAGUCCCGCAGUUUCGGAAUGCCGAACCAAAUUUUUUGGCCAUGCACAUCCCUAAUAAUGAAUGGAUAAUCUUGGUGAUUGCCAUUUUUAUAUCGUUUUUACUUGUCUUUUAGAGUUGUUAUACUUCAGCUUACUUUUUUCUAAUUCUUGAUCAUGUUGGCUAUCUAUUUUAUCCUGUUUCUGAUGUUUCUUUUAGUAAGAACAUAAUGAAGAGGUUAAUGUGGCACUGGCUACAGAUUUAAAUAUUAUGGGGUUAUUAACAAAAAUGUGAAGUCUUAGGAACCCCAAAAUAAUUUAGGUCUCACUAGUCUAUUUAAAUCAGCAGACUAUAAUAGCUAUAAAAUCACACACACUGAUGACAUUAAAUGGCUAUAUUACUUGUUAAUAUAUCUCUCCAAUACCUGCCUUUCUAGUGCACCUCUGUUAAAGAUACAUUUAUUUAUCUCGUGUAGGGUCUGCUGAAUUCCCCUGUUUGGCUCCUAUUAGAUGAAGAUUUGAGGGUAUUUUUCUGCCAAACAGUAUUUGACAGUGAGCGGAUCCCACGUGGCCUGCGCAGGUUGCGCCCCCAAACGCGGAAAAUGUAAGACUUCAUCUUUUCUUUUUCUAGAUCCCAAAUCUCUCUCUCCAAACAGAAACAAAAGAAAACUAUAGGCCAUGUUUAUCAAGGCAAUAGUUUAACAAUGCAACCAUAGCCAUACAUUUUGAGCAAUCAUUAUAUCGACAAGUGAAAGGUUUAUACUAAAUGCUCCAUAUAUAAACCUUUGCAGCUAAAUAAAAGAUGCUGUCCAUAAAUUAAUUUAAUAUUCUCUUAAGUACUUUAUCGCAUUUCUCACAAGGUUCUUACCACAAAAGAAUAACUCCUACACGGUGCCAGAUCUUUGCUGACAUAUAAUAUGAAGAUGAACUAUGCGCCCCUAUACAAAAUGAUUGUUGCAACUAACUAGUCCUAUAACAUAUGGUGGAUCUGUGCAAAUCUUUCAGGUCACCUAACAGAGAUCAUUCUCUGCUCCUGAUGUCUAGUUCACGCUGCUACAUAUGUUUUUGAUGUGUAUAUAAAAGCAAACCUAUUUACAAUAGCAAACCUAUUUUUAUAAGAUGGUUACAUACCAGUUUAAUGCCAAGAUCAAUGACCGGUCAGGCAUGUUAUAUUUUAAAGCAGUGUGCCAAAAAGGUAGGUCCCCAGAUGUUGUAGAACUACAGACUCCAUGAUGCUUUGUCAUUCUAAAGACAUGCACAGCAUCAUCUGAACUGUAGUUCUACAACAUCUAGAGAUCUACCUUUAGGGCACCCCUCGGGACAUGCCGAGACCUGGGUUAUUACAGGAUUAAUAAGUAAUGUUUCUACAAGGUUUAUUUUUUAGUUGUUGGUACAUUAUAGAAAUUGUGGCACACAGUGCUUUGUAAAUAAAAUUCCUAAAUGCAUGAACAUGUGUGAACAUUUCAAAAUGUGAAUGGAGUCAAAAAAGAACUUUCUGUAUAAUGUAACAAACCCCGUAUAAUAUUGUUAUAUUUACUUUGCAUUCACUUAUAUACUUAAUGAUGGGUAACCUUUGGUAAAUCAGUUGUUUUGGAACAUUGGUGCUCCACAGUGGAGCAUCAGGGAAACCACAAUUCAUAUCAUCUGCACUGAGUAAUUCAGUAUAUUUCUGUUUAGCAGCAAACGUUUCUAUUAAUAUAAUUUGUUUCAUAUCUCUUAGAAAGCAGAACACUCAACAUGUCUGUUCUGAUAUGGACAGACCAAGGGCAGAGGUAAGCUUUUCUAAAAUACUUUGUCAUAAUUUUUGUGCAUCAAAAGCUGGAACAUAUAUGACUUUCGUAGAUGUAAAAAACAAAAUCUGGUGGAACAGUUGAGUCACUGCAAUAUUUUUUACGUCUGUGUACCGACUACAUCAACCACAUUUAAUUAUUUAAUUUCCUGUACGUUCAUCUGUCCAUGUUCUGUCUCUCCUUCUAACCUGUACUGUUUUCCCCUCUCUCUCAAUACUCCACAAUUCUGUCUCUUCCUCUCCCUUCAUAGUAUCUCACCCAUUCUCCCUCCUCCCCCACCCCCAAAAUGUUUCCCCCAUAGUGUCUCCCUCGUCCCAUAAUGUUUCUCUCAUAUUAUGUAUCCCCAUAGUGUCUCCCACCAUACUGUCCUCCCCCCCCAUACUACCUACUCUUGUACCGUGACCAUGUUGUCUCUGCUCACUUAGGCUUUUAGCUCUCCUGUUCAGCCUCCACACAUUAAAUGUUGUGUCCCUGGUGAAAAUACGAGAGGAACAAGCAAGGAGUUGGCACAAAAUCAGAACUCGGAGGCUAAACAGGGCAACAAAGAGCAUUUUGAUGAGUGCUGAGAUUUCUAACAUGUUAGAGGAACAGUGAUUCAUGUAAAGGGAACACAGCCUACACUGUCAGUAGGAUGGUUGGAGAGUUCUUUGAAAUCUCCAAACAGCUUAUUGCUGGCCCCUGUCUGUGUGUGCAUUGUGCGAUCCCUGUGCAAUUGCACAAGUUGCAAACUCAUAAGGCUGGCCAUGCAAGUGAUCAUCACCCCACCACUGUGCCAUAUUAACACCUUUCCAGGCUCUGGGCCUUAGACGGCCACCUUAGACCACCUUAUGGGGAUACAGGUAUGCUCCUAUAACCACACUGUCACUUAUACAAAGAAACCUGAUCUCUCCUGUACACACUGUCCCUUAUACACAGAUACCGUAUCUCUCUCUGGUACAAACACAUGCAAUUUCUAUCUCAUACAGACACAUUACACGUACGCAGACAUCUAAUCUCUCUCUUAUACACACAACCCCUUAUACACAUUCACCCAAUCUCUGUACAGAUGACACACUUAUUAUUCCCAUAUACAUUUCUCUUUCUAUAGGCUCUCUUUGAUUUUAAGGGCAACGCUGCACCUGAGCUGUCCUUUAAGAGUGGAGACGUGAUUUAUCUUCUGAGUCAAAUCAACAGAGACUGGUUGGAGGUGAGAGCGAGCAAAUACUGGUCUGUCACCAGAACAUUUCAAUGUUUCUCCCUCUUAUGUUCUUACACAUCAUAUUUUACUUUAAUAUUAACUGCACAGUUCGAUAGACAAAACUAUGAGAUGUAAAACAAAAAUCAUUUAUUCUAUGUCUUUAACUUAGCCCUGCUGUGAAAAUAUCCAUUUAGAAUAUAGUUUCAGAAUCGCCGUUAGAGCCAGUUCUGUCAACAGGAAAUUUGAUUUCUUAUGUUUUCCUGUGCCUGUCAGUUUGUGGCGGGAUGCAGCAAAUUAGACGUGCCACAUAUUAAACUCCUUCAUUCCGUAUAAUCCUGAUGUACAAGGGACAGCGGAGAAUAGUAUCCGUAUUCUAAAGGCAGAUGGCGCAUACAUUUGUUUAUUGGUUGUUACAACUCUUAUGAUUUUUUUCGUAUGGUUGCUAGGGAACAGUCGGUGACCGGACAGGUAUCUUUCCACAUUCAUUUGUGAGGAUAAUCAAAGACCUCCCGGAGGAACAGUAUUCAGUCAGCCUGCUGCGAUGUUAUUUUCAUGAUGAUGAUAUCUGCCACAUCAGGUAAAAUUUAAUAUAUAUAAAAAAUGAGCACUAUUCCAGACUUUAAAUUAAGUAGAAAACAUACAAAAUAAAUUACCAAGUGGUUGCAUUCUCUAACCGUGAAGUGUUUAAUCCAUCUAGCCUUUUCACCAGUACAGUUACAAUAUUAUGUAUAAAUAACUAUCACUCAAAUCAUCAAUAUAUAUUUCCCGUCACAUUUAACCUUGAGUGCUAUUUUUGCACGUAUAAAACAAUCCAUCUCAUUUUUCUUUGUCAAAAAUUAUUUUUAACUGAUUUAUAUGUAGAGGUAUAUAGCAGAUUAAAUACAUCUUGCGGUUUAUACUUCAGUUUAAAAUUACUAUUACCCAACAGGAAACAGGAAGUAUGAAUAAUUAGUAUUUGAUGAAUAAUUUUAUUGGGGAAGAUAUCAUUUACACCCCAGUGGAAAAAGCCAAAACAAUGAAACUGUUUAAAAGGAAAUUGUCAUCGAAGCUGAGUUUAACGAAGUAUACAUAUAAGAGAACCUGGACAGUCUGGGACAGCCAAACUCUAAUAUUAAUAGCAUAGAGAUGACCAGAACUAGGAUUCCAAUUGUUAGUCAUUAAUUUACCAUACCACAGCAAAGUUUCAGGUCACAUAGUCUUUCUUGUUGAGAAAGGCACCACAUGAAAUAAGCAACAAUGAAAUACCUUAAAAUAGAGAAUCUCAGGUGUCUGUUAUAGAAUAUGAAAAAAAAAAUCUAUCAUGGGUUAUAUGUUUAUUACAUAUAUGUAAUGUGCAGGAAUAGAACCUUUAAAAAGCUGUCUUGAUUUAUGUUCCUAUUUAUAAUAAUAUGAAUGCAACAAAGGUAGACAGACAGGCAGACCGAAAAAUAGUCAGAGACAGACAAAUGUGUUGAAUGAACCUUGAUGUACCAUUUUAUUAUUUAUUUUCUUUUAAAUAAAAAAAAUCUAUCAAUCCUCAAACUAACAAUAAUUACAAUAAUAUUAAAAUUAUACUGGCACAAUUGGAAAAAGUAGACAGAAGUCUCUCUCAAAAUUUAAGGCCCAAGGUGAAUGGCAUCCUUAAAAUUAAUCAUAUUCCCUAAAUAAGUAAAACACUAUCAACACUGAUCAAUACUUUGUCUUUCACAGGGACAUCUCUGUUGAGGAAGAUGUGAGGAAAUGUCCAUCUUAUAAAGAGCUUCUAGAUUUAAUAAGGUGAGUAUAAACAUCCAAACAGAAUGCUGUCAGUUCCGAUAUUAGUCAACACUGCCGUACCUUGGCAUUAUAGUUUGACGGGUUUUUCAGAAAUGACUAAGUUGGUAUCAGAUUUAUCAUCAAAUAAAAAAUAUUUGCUGGUAUUACUUUAAAUUUGCCAAGAGAACCCAUUGAGGUAUUCAGCAACAUUUGACCUUGAAUAUUUCCACUUACUGGGGAGAUUUUCAUGAGUUUGAUCUAGCAAACAGUGAAUUCACUGAAUACAAGGGUAGAAUUUAUGUAGCAAAUUGAUGUCAUUGGUGGUAUUUUGAAAUACAUAUAUACCUUAUAGCUUUAUCACACAGUUACCCUCAUUUGUAUUACAGAAAUGAAUUUCCUGACGUUGAUGUGGUUCUGAACAUGCAGGACAAUGAGGGAGAACUCAUUCGCCUAAUGGACAACAGUGACAUGGACCUCCUCAUCACACAGGGGAAAAGGAAAACCCGUGCUGGGAACUACUUCCCAUGGGAACUGCAUGUGACUCGCAAUGGGGACCUGGACAUUUAUGGAACAGGAUCAUGAAAGACCAAAUAAAUUAUAACUCUGUGUGCAAUAUGACAUAUUAUGUUCAGUAUUUCUGUUCAUAAUGUAAAUGUGGAAUUAAAAAUUCAAGAUUGUAAAGUAUGAAAAGGGAAACUUACUACAAUAUUCAAUGCUGGUUACAUUGAAACAAGGAGAUCAUGUUUUUAUAUUUGUUGAAGGUUCUUUUAAUCUCAGCUACUAGAACUAGAGUAGUCACAAAGAACGUCAUGUGAGCCUGCACACACGAAAUGGGGCUCUGUAAGCCACCAUACCCAAAGCACUCACAUACCACAUCCUCUGGAGCAUCUUCCCCUAAGUAAGACCUCAAAAUAAGAAACAAAUCAAAGGGCAAUUAGAAGGCUGGAGCAUCUUCCCCUAAGUAAGACCUCAAAAUAAGAAACAAAUCAGAGUGCAAUUAGAAGGCUAUUUAACCAGAUAGCAUAACAAUAUUUUGGCUGUAGCCUUAACUGUGAUUAAGGAUAUUAACGAAACAUUGUAAUAUUAUCUGUUUAAAUCUUCGUGUCUCGGACCAAAUAAAAAGCAUGGCCUUCUAAUUGUACUGCACGUUGUGCAGCCCUCUGAUUUUUUACAUUUUGUUUCUUAUUUUGAGACAAGUACUAGAGUAGUCAUCAACCACACUUAUUCCAUGAAACAACAUAGACCACGAUUCAGUUAUCUGGUUGCGAUACACGGAACAUUAACCACUAUCUGUGAUUUAGUAAGGUGCAUGAUUGUUGUGGGGCCUUAAACACUUUUUUCUUCUCUAGACAUAUAUUAUUGUAUAUUUUUUAUUUCAUUUGUAAAGUGUAUGAACACCUGUACCACACAUAAAAUAAUCUAUUAAAACAUUCUUGUUUAGAAUGUAUUAUUGAAAAUAACUUAUUUU